AUGGGGUCUUUACAGACUGCCCGCUCCCUCCGCUCUGUCCUUUCUUCUCCGCCUGUGUUGCUCAAACACAGCAGACUUGGGUUCAGCGGCCUUGUACGGGAUGCAGCACAGAGCAGCGCCGGCGCAGCAGCAGAUGCUCGGCAGCUGUUGGGCGCUGACCAGCAUCUGACGCCGUUCCCACUGGCAAUUCGGCUUAAAGAAUCAGGCUUCUCGCCAACGCGAUCGCCCCGUUGCCUCAAUGCAGAAUCCAGUGUAGCUACGCAGCUGCAACCGCGCGCAGCGUACGUUCAGACUCUUAGAAAGCAGCACUGGACAGGGUACAACGGGUCGAGGUGUAUCUCCGGGUUCGCGGCGUCUCCCUUCACGAGCCAAGCCCUGCAACGCAGUUUGGGGGUAUUCAGUAGCACUGCGCUGUACAGGGAGGCCGCAUGUUGUUUCGGGUUUCCCUUUAGCAGCCGAUGCUUCACAACUUCCUCCUCAGUGCCGGACUACUACUCGAUUUUGGGGGUCAAGAGAAACGCCACUCAAGAAGAGUUGAAAAAGGCGUACAGACAGACAGCGCUCAAGUGGCAUCCAGACAGGAACCCCGACAACAGAGAAGAAGCGGGGAGGAAGUUUCGUGAUGCAAGCGAAGCCUACCAGACUUUGUCAGAUCCAGCGAAACGGGCGCAGUACGAUGCGUCUAUUGACGCGGCCUCAUCCCGCCAAGCAGGCGGCUACUCGGGCUACAGCGACCCUUUCGCUUCUAGAGGGCGAGCUGACAGAGGCGGUGUUCACUUUGGAAACCUUACACCAGAAGAAGCCGAGCUUUUGUUUCGCCGAGCCUUCGGCGGUGUUUCCUUAGAGGAGAUUCUGCAGCAGGCGCUCAACCAGCAAACUGCUAUGCGUUGGGGGAGGGGCAUGCCGUUUCAGCGCCAUGAUUUCUUUGAACAUAGAAUGGGGUCACGGCCCUCAAAGAGCUUCCUUGACGACCACGAAAUCUACGAACUUCUACGGGGCCUUUCGGGAGCGAACCCGCAAGGCAGCACGCAAGUCAGUUACUUCACACGGGGAGGACGGAUCAUCGAGAGAAGAACCACAACACGACGCUUCCCAGGAGGAGGCAUUCAAACUGAAACGACAGAACGCGAUGUUGGACGAGAUACAGGUUCUGACAUCCCCAGAAAUACGAGAAAUGAUUUCCGAUCGCAGCAGACCGCCAGCUCCUCUAGUGAAUGGAUGCACAGACCUCCAGAAAACAGAACGGGAAACAGAUACACAAUGGAGGUUGCCAGCCCUAUGCAACAGGUCCUGUUGAUAGCUCGUGAAUACGCCAAGCUGACCUGGAAGCUCAUUAAAAUGCUCCUGGUGUCGAAGCUUCUGUUUAAGCAAGAUCGGGCAAGCUUACGAGUCAUAGACCUCCUAGAAGGCGGAGCAAGCACGAAGGUCCCGCAUACGCGCGACUCCUUUUCACCAGUUGGCUUUGUCUUUUUCGAGUUCUGGAUUCUCGAGAGCAACAGACUUGAUACGCUGCACAGAAUUCAGAUAAAUGGCAACUCCGAGGUGGCAUUCGUGAGUGCACUGGAGCUUCACCCUGCUAAGCAAACGGGUGGAAGGACGCCCAAAAGUUUCGACUCUCCCGAACCUGUUGGCGACCGGCGGAAUGAACCCACGAAAAGAGGCCUCCGGAGCCCAGGAGAAACCAGCCUCCUCUUUUUUUCAAUGGAGGACGGCCAGUAUGUGGGGAGCGUCCCGUCACGCCUCUGCGGGGAUAAUGUCGAAGUUCUGCAGCUCUCUGCAGAAAAUAUGCCCUUACCAAAGCCCAAGUUCAAAAUGUUGCUGCCGCAUCGUGAAAACCAUCCGGUGUCCGACAACAUCCAGGAGGGGCUGAAGGAGAGUCCUUCCGAUCUAGGAAUUUCACCAUUACAAGAUCGAGGCGGGGACAUUAACCACCGCAGCAAGCGGACCCUACUCACGGGCCACGACGAACCGGCCGACGGCAGGAAGAGGACCACCCGACUGCCUUAA